CUAACACAAUUCCGUUGUACUUUGUAAGAACCCCGACAGAUUGAAAUGGUUUGGGAAGGAGUAUCCAUGUUGAGCUUCUGUUGCAAAAAGUACAACUUCAGUAGAGGAAUCAGAAUUUGGGCAGACGACGGUCGGAUGCAACCAAACUUGAAUGAACGCUUGCUGAAAUGGAAAAACAAUAUUAAGAUAAUAAUAUAUUGGCAUGAUAAUCCUAGAAAACACAUCGAAUAAGGCAAAUUAGACUUCCAAAGUCAAAAGGGAAAAAGUAUGCUAGCCAUAACCAAGCUAUGCAAUGGCAUUUUCAGUAUGCACUUGGUCAAUUGAGCAAAACUCAUAUGAUGAACACAAAAUAAGAAUACACUUUAACUAAUAGACAUACCAACUCGAUAUAGAAAGUGUCUUACCCCUCAACUAACUAAGCAAGCUACUACCUAACGUCUUAUGACACUACCAAACUGAUAAUUGAUGUCAAGGUGAUAAUUUGUUUCUUGCCAACAUUAGGAUCGACUACAAAAACAUGACAUGUUUAACUGAAAGAUGCAUACACAGAGAAGUGAUAACCUACCAACUCAAUUAUCAGAGUCAAUAAUAACCAAGCAGCUGUGAAAUUACCAUCUACCUUACUCUGCAGCAACAAAACAACAUGGUCUAUAGUGCAAUAUGUCUUGCUUCGUAUUAGGCCUGCAACACAUCACAUCCCAACUUAUUAUCAGAGUCGGUAAAGCAUGGAAUAAAUUUGAAACAACUCAACAGACACUCAUUGUUUCCCAUAUGCAUACAGGGGGUAAUGGUAUGGUCAGAUUAGGUGCGAUUCGCUACUCACAUUCCGCAAGAUAGUGGAACCAUUCUUUCUAAUAAAUGAGGCAAAAAGAUUCACGCAUUGCAUGAUGGAGUUAUAAAUAGUAGCAUGAAAUGGUCAUCCUAAGUGGGCAUCGAACUUGUAUAAAGACUAUGAGAGAAAUGAGGGCCACCAAAAACACCAGCAUUGCCUACUUAACAUACCAGGAUGAUCGUAAUUCAAAUCCUAUAUUGUAACCGGAAAAAAGAGGCAUCCCUUGUCAAAAGUAGCUCACAUAUGUAAUGUAAGAAACAAAGUAUCAUAAAUACGUAAUCCCACAAUGAUGUGCGCAUGAGAUUUGGGCAUCUGAAUUCACGAUAAGAAGCAACAAACCAUGCACAGAUAACCAAACCAAAUUACCUAUAAACUCUGACAUCCAAUAUUAGAAAGUAACGAAAGUGAGGGGGUUAGAGUAAAGGUCUUAAAUGGUGAAGCUAUUCUAUUGAAGUCGACUUUGCAACAUAGUCUACGGAUUGGACUUUGCUAUACAACCUCCUCGGAUUGCAAGGGAAGCAGCUGGUACAAACCCUAAUCGCAUAGAUCCGAGCCAAUUCCAACCCCAAAUCCAACCCGUUCAUGAGAAUGAAGAACCCUAAGCCCAACCAGACCACAAAGACACAGGGGUAUACCUGAACUCGAAGAACCAUCGACAAAAAACAAACUGGAAUUGGUACACAACCAAAGCCCCCAUAGACGAUUAUUAGCCAAAUAUGAAACUGAGGUUCUAAAUUCAAUUGGAUGAGAAUACAUAUACAAUAAUGGGAAGAAGAAUACCUGGAUACAAAGUUUUCGUCAUUAGCCUAAAAGGGUUCUGCCGUGUUCGCCAUUAUUGCGAGAGGGAGAGUUGAAAUGGGGAUUGACGAUCUGGUUCCAAAUAGGAGAAGAAGAAAUAAUCAGAGGGAACAGCUGCAGGGAAGAACUCGUGAAUCCCAAAUGCAGUCCGCUGUAGGGUAACAACCGCCCACCAAAUUGCGGUCUUGUUCUCCGAAACGCUUACAGAUCGAGGUCUUCUUCUCGAAGGUUGGGACAGGGAAAGGAAAAUGAUGAGUUCUCUCUCUUCAAUCGAAUACGACACUGAAGAGAGAUAAAUGGGAAACGCGUAAGUUUGGCCGGCUUGGAAAGAGAGAUGGUCCAAUUACUAAAUUACCCCUUUUGAAAAUGAAGGAGAGAGCAGAAAAUUUGAAACCCUGAAAAGUGUGCAAUAUAUUAAUGGUGGAUUUGAACCAUAGAUCGUAGGUGUGAUCCGAGCUUAACUAGAGCACACCAUUUCCUAGCACUCCUCACCGAGAGGACGGGGACAGUGCGCUAUUAUUAUUUUUUAUUUUAAUUGAUAAAUAAAUAAAUUAUGUAAUUACCAUCUUAUCAUUCAUUAAACUAGAUAAAUCUAAACCAUUAGAUUUUUAUGAGGUUCAAUAGUUGACAUUGGCUUAGUCAUGUGACUAAGAGACCCCUUAGUCACUUGAUUGUGGCCCUCCUCUUCACCCCACCACCACCAUUUGUGCGCCGCCGUCCCUUUAUGGGGUAAUUAGUAUAAAAGGUCACAAACUUAUAGACUUAGUACAAAACAGUCACAAUUCUUUGAUUUGUAAAAAAUUGGUAACAAACGUUUGAGCGAAUAUCAAAAUAGCAUCUUCGUCACUCUCCGUCAAAAAUAUUAAUUAAAAAUUCAAAAUAUUCAUUAAAAUAGUUACCCUGGCCCAAACCACUCAAACGGUAAGACCGGGAAAAUCCACUCGCUUCCCCUACCCCUGUCUGCAUCAACUCGACAUCGCUCACGCCGUUCCGUUUCCUUAGUCCACAAUCACCUGUCGCCGCCUGGUCGCCAUUCAACUGUCUUCGUCCAGCAUCCCCACCGAGAGAAGAUGUACAUCGAGGCAAAUUGAGAGGCACUGCCACUAGUUUCUUCUUUUCUUCACCGUCGCGCUUAUGCCCCUGCUCGACGAGAGUGAUAGAGAGAGAGAAAGGCAAAGGUCAAGGUAACAGACGAGGAGAGAGAGAGAGAGAGAGAGAGAGAGAGAGAGAGAGAAUGUGGAGUUAUAGAGGAAUUCAGGGGAAUUGAAUUGGUUGGGAUCAUUGUUUUUCCCUUCCCCCUCGGUUGGGAUUAUAGCUUUCUUCACCCCAUUACUUUCCCCUUACCCCUCCUGAUCUGGGAUUGAAUUGGUUGGGAUUGUUGUCAAUAAGGAAGGUGGAGUUGGAGAGGGAUUCAGGGGAAACAUAAAUUAGGUUUCUUAUUCAUCCACUGGUAGAGGAGGGUUGGAAGAAAGCUUUGGGCUGACUCAAUUUAGCCCUCCCCAUGUUGGCUGGAAUGGGCAAUGAAGAAGAUGAGGCAAUAGAACUGUUGUUUCAUCGAUGAAGCGACAGGAUGAAUGCCGCCGGCGAGGGGGUUUGAUUGGUGAAAUUGGGGUUUAGCGGUUUUUGACCAAUUUUUAACCGGUAUGAGUACUGGUUGGUUUUAGAUAUUAAAUUGGAGUUGUUUAUUAUUUGUUUUGAUGAGGUGGAAUGCUGACUAGGGAAAUUUAACAAAAAAUUGGAUGGAGAUUAACAGAAGUGACCAUUUCGUACAAAUUUAAACUUUUGUGACCGUGUUGGUACAAAUGAAAGAUUUGUGACCAUUUUGUACUAAGUGCAAAGAUUUAUGACCGUUUAUGAUAACUACCCUCCCUUUAUGUCUUGCUCGCCACCACCUCCCUCCUGCCCUAAAUAUUUACCAAAUCAAAGCCUAAUUAUGUCCGCAAACAUUCUCCUUCCUCUUCCAGUUCCAUCUCCCGCUGCCACCCAUGCGCAGCUUAGCUUCCCCAUGUCUAUCCUACGCCGUCUCGGCCCCCGCCAUCUAACCUCCUCUCACCUCCUCCAUCGAAGACGUCUCUCCUCCUUCGCUGCUGCCGCCGUUUCCCGCCAGGAUACUGCUGCUUGGACCCAAGCCCCGCUCUCCGAAAUCGAGCCCGUCGCCGAGUCUCUCUUCCACGUCAGCAUCGACGUCUCCGACCACCCUGACCUCGCCGCAUCCCACACGCUGCCUGGACAGUACCUGCAGCUCCGAAUCCCUGAGGUGGACAAACCUUCUUUUCUGGCCGUCGCUUCACCUCCUUCGUUUGCUGCAUCUAGAGGCGCGUUUGAGUUUCUGGUGAAGAGCAUCGCUGGCUCCACGGCCGAGCUCUUAUGCGCCUUGAAGAGAGGAAAUGUCGUGGAAUUGAGCCAUGUAAUGGGGAAAGGCUUCGGGAUCGAUCAAAUCGAGCCGCCUGAGAAGUACCCUACCGUUUUGAUAUUCGCCACCGGCUCUGGAAUCAGUCCAAUUCGAUCUCUCAUUGAGUCAGGGUUUGGUGCUAAACAGAGAUCGGACGUGAGGCUUUAUUACGGAGCCAGAAACUUGAAGAGAAUGGCUUACCAGGAUAGGUUCAAAGAUUGGGAGUCGUCUGGGGUUACAAUUGUGCCUGUGCUAUCACAACCAGAUAAUAGUUGGAGUGGUGAAGCUGGUUAUGUACAGGCUGCUUUUGCGAGGGCCACUCAGAUAUCAAGCCCAGCAGGUACUGGUGCUGUGCUUUGUGGCCAGAAGCAGAUGGCAGAGGAGGUAACCUCAAUUCUUGUAGCGGCGGGCGUUUCAACAGAUAAAAUACUGAAGAACUUUUGAUAUGGAAAAUGGUAUCAAUUCUUUGUUAUUGUAAGUGGCAACUGGCGAGUGGGUGAUGCAAUGGGGGUGAUGUUUUUGUCUCUCAGCUUAGCUUAAUAACACCAAUUUUGGUAGUUAUUCAUCUGCCAUAGAAUAUUGCUAGCCUUGGAAAAAUUCCGGACCUGAUUCCAAAGAGGUUAAAUGUAACGGUACAUCUCUGAAUCAUAAUACGAGAAAAAAGAAGGUAAUGUAUACACAGCAUAUUUAUUUGACAUUGGAUGUACAACUUGACUUCAUUUUUGCUAAAUAUACAUAGUCACUCUCAUAUUGUGGAUGUUGCAAGAGUUGCUGAUAAAAUCCAAAGUAGUGUUAUUUAGCCACCAUAUUUAAGGUCAUUUCGCGGGUUCAUUCGUUGAUAUGUCAUCAAAUAUAUUAUUAAUUUGUUCUUGGAGGAGAAUAUUGUCAUAUUAGGGUACCCUAAUAUUAGAUGAUGUGAAUGUUUUCGGUGUGGAAUAUAUUUUUAAUUUUUUUAUACUAUGAUGGUCAACACUCUUAGUCUUGAUUCCAUCCAAGUUAGACCAGACUGGACACAUAACAUAGACCAAAUCACCCCUAAUUACAUAUUCUUCUGGGUUUGUUCAGGGGAAAAUACCUUGGGUAUCACUUGAAUUUUUGAAACCAUACUACUUAUAUUAAUAUAGGACGUAGGGUAUCAUUGACGUCCUUCAAUUGAGCGUAUGCUCAUUUUUUGGUACUAUUAACUGACGACCCGAAUAAAAAAAUAUUUUUCACACAUUAGUGUUGAUCAUGGGUUUCAUAUGUGCUGAGUCACUUUUAGAGGGAAAAUUGGCGCCAAAUUCACCAUCCUUCCCUUUUAACUCAGACUCUCUUUUUGUCUUCCCAUUCUCUACCCCUGCCAACUAGGGAUGGCAACAAAACUCGAACCCACGGGUAGCCACCCGACCCAAUCCGGUCAACGUAGGUAAAAUUCGUGUUGACGGAUUUUGGGCCGGGUUUAGGUUUAAACCCGCUACACUAUUCAUUGGGUUGGGUUUGGGUUUAGGUAAACCCGACCCAUGGGUACCCGCCCACAUCCAUAUAAUUAAUUUUUUCAGGUUAUUUGCAAUAUAUCAAUCUUAAAUAACUAAUCUUCUUUAUGUUUGUGGAGACAUGUCUAAUUUAUUCUUUCAAAUUGUGUACAAUGAAGUUGAUAUUAUGGAGUGGAGAGUGAAGAAGUUUAGUUGACAAGGAGGAAAGAGCUUUCAAUUAAUCAUGUUGUUUAUAGAUGUUUAUCUUUAAUUUGAACAAUUUGUAUUGAUAAUUUCGGGUUUGCUUGUAUGCUCUAGAUUAGUGUUUUUUGUAAGGAUAUUUUUUAUGAGAAAAUUGAUGUUAGACUUUUAUUUUGAAAGAAAUUUGUUAUUGUAAAUUUUUUACCAUAAAAAUCCACGGGUACCCAUGAACUCGCGGAUACCCAGCGGGUUGGGUUGGGUUUGAGUUUUUCAAACCCAACGGGUUUUCGGCUCGAACAAUUUCUGGUCACCGGAAUCUUUGGCCCGCCGUCUGUGCCCUAAAAAUCGCCGGAAAAUUGUUCUAAACUUGAAAAAAUUGAUGAACCUGCUUAGUGAUGAUUCAUGGAUGCGUUUUCGUCGAUGUUCGGCUUUUCCGAUGAUUUUUCGACGAGCGUCUGAUUUUCUUUUCCAAUAUGAUUUGUGAGAGUUGGAUAAGUUGUAAGGAAGUAAAAAUUCUUUACCAAGAUGUAUGUAUAAAUGAUUUGAAUUAAAUUUUUUUUUUUUGCUGGCGGCAAAUAGCAUGUCCCAUCUAUUGACUGUUGCGUUUUACUUUUGUAAUCCACUGCCUAUUAGUAUCUAACGGGGGAAGAACAAGGCCCAUCAUGCCCAUGACAUGAGGGUAGCCCAGUUGUCGCCUGCAACCAUCUCACCACCGUGACCAGGACAAAUAAAAAGGUCACACCACU